UUCCAUUGUUGAAUGAGAAGUAAAAAGAAAAUGGCUGCAGUUUUUACUGAUCCAAGGCUCAACCAGCUUCAAGUAGGCAAGAACAACCGUGGAGUUGUUAUUGAAGAAAUUGAAGGAUUCCUUAGAGUCUACAAAGAUGGUCAUGUCGAGAGGCCUCUAGCCAUCCCUAUUGUCCCCUGCACCGCGGCAUUAGAUGCUCGAGUUGCGGCGAAAGAUGUUUUCAUCGAUAAGUACUCGAACUUAUGGGCGCGGAUUUAUGUUCCGAGCUGCCCUGCAGGCAAGCUGCCUUUGCUUGUUUACUUCCAUGGUGGUGGAUUUUGCAUUGGCUCAGCUGCUUGGAGUUGUUACCAUGAGUUCCUAGUCAAUCUUGCUUCCAAAGCAGGGUGUGUGAUUUUGUCCGUGAACUACCGUCUAGCCCCGGAAAAUCGUCUCCCCGCCGCAUAUGACGAUGGCGUCAACACCCUUAUGUGGGUGAAACAGCAGGCUUUAAAUGGGUCCAGUGAGCACAAGUGGUGGAUAAACCAGUGCAAUUUCUCCAGCUUGUUCCUUUCUGGUGAUAGUGCUGGUGCCAAUAUUGCUUACAAUGUGGCCACGAGGUUGGGAUCCAGUGGCGCAUUCAAUAGCAACAUGAUUAAGCCAUUGUGUCUCAGGGGUAGCAUAUUGAUGCAACCUUUCUUUGGAGGAGAGUCGAGAACGGCGUCCGAAAAACACAUGACUCAACCGGUUAAUUCUGCUCUGACGCUAUCAGCUUCGGAUACAUAUUGGCGGUUGUCACUACCGUUAGGGGCUAAUAGAGACAAUCCAUGGUGCAAUCCUCUAGCAAAUGGUGCGGCGAGGUUGCAGGAACUGAGACUUCCAUCAGUGAUGGUGUGUAUAUCAGAAAUGGAUAUACUUAAGGACAGGAACUUGGAGUUCUGCAACGCGUUGGCGGGCGCCGGCAAGAAGGUAGAAACAGUGAUGUACAAAGGAGUUGGACAUGCAUUUCAAAUUCUGCACAAUUCUCCGUUCUCUCAAAUCCGAAUACAAGAAAUGAUGUCUCAUGUCAAGGCGUUCAUCAACCGAUAAACAAUAUAAAAAAGGUGUCAUUAAUUUAUACAUGUAAUUAUCUUAGAGUAAAUGGUAGUGUUGAAAGGGAAAGCAGCUGGAUAUAUAAUUAUCGUAUAGUUUCUACUUGAUCUGGUUGACGUAUGUAUUUUACUUCUUUGUAUUGGAGUAUUUGAUACUAAUAAAAAAUAAU